AUGACGGGAAAAAAUCACUCGGUCGACAGGAGUAGCGGAUUUAGCUUAUUAAUUGAUGGGAACGAGCAGGAAAAUGCCGAGCUCACCUCCGCAGCCGCCUCCUCCCCCUCCUCCUUUACCGUGAGGCGUCGCAUGAGCAUGCGGGAGCACCUUAGUCUAUUCGCCAUGUCCUUUAGCUACGGAUUGUGCUUUAACACUCUUAAUAACAUUGUUAUUCCCAAGACUGUCGCAAGAAUAACACACGGCAAGGAAAGUCUCUGGGUUGGUGUGCUAAUGGGUAUUGGGGCCCUGUGUCAAAUCACUUCCCCUCUGUUUGGCGCCUGCAGCGACCGACUGGGUAACCGAACCAUGUUCUUGACGAAUGGAGCCAUGCUGACAGUUGUUGGCCUCGUCUUAUUUACCUUCGUUGAGAUUACGAAUUCAAUGUUAGUUUUGUGUAUCGCACACUUCGUCUCCUCGGUGGGUCUCUCAGUUGCGUACAGCAUGGUAGUUGCUCUCCUGAAUGAUUAUGUUGCUAAGGAGGAGACUGGAAAGGGGAGCAGUGCCAUGGCACUGCUAGCAAUUAUAGGAAGUGGUGUUGGCUACACGAUGUUGGCUGUCGGUGUCUCCACAGUUUUCUGUCUCGGGACGUAUGCGCUUGCAACCAUCUUUUGUUUAGUAAUCACAUUAAAUUCUAUUCCAUCGGAACCACUGAGACAGCCGCCUCAAGCGUUGCACUUCAGUGACACGAUACUGAACUCCUUCACCAUUCCAUCCUUUCGAAUUUUCCCCGACUUUGGCUUUGCGUGCGUCGGGAGGGGGCUUUUUAACUGCGGUCUGGCAGUACAAGUAUAUAUCAUAUUUUUCCUGCGAGACAUUGUGCAGUUGGCGAGCCCCGCAGAGGUAACCUCGGCGCUGUCUGUUGCAGCUCUCCUCGGUGGCCUGUUGGGAGCCGGGUUGAGCGGUCCCGUCUCCGACCGUGUGGGACGUAAGUCACUGAUAUAUCUUGCAGCGGUGACAUGCUCCCUAUCGCUGCUCAUGUUAUUAGAGGUAAGAAGUUUGGAGUUUCUGUACAUUAUUGGGUUUGUGCAUGGAAUGGGAAGCGCGUCAUUCCUUUCGGUGGACUACGCGAUUGGUGUGGAAACGUUACCGCGGAAGGACGGCAUGCCGAUUGAUACAGCAAAGGAUUUGGGCAUCUUCGGUGUGAGUGCGACAAUUGGCACGUUUGCCGGACAGCUACUGUACGGUAUGCUGCUUCACAUGUAUGUGUCUAAGGGGGAAGGCAACACCCAGCGCUACAGCAGUAUCGGGUUUGUUGCCGUCUACAGUGUGUCGUGCAUGGCUUUUAUUUGCAGUGGGAUUACACUAGCGUUUAUUAACACGAAGUAA